AUGUCGCAAGCCGUCACCAAAGAGCUACCAUCUACAGGACUUCCACCCACUCGGUAUCCUAACAACAUGAGAGGCCAAAUUGUACCCUAUGGGCAGCCAGCUCUUGCCCACACAGGAAGCCCUCCCUCUUUGUACCCCAACAACAUCGGGGGACAAGCCGUUCCUCAAGCGCAGCCAGCUACCCCCUAUGAAGGAACGCCGCCAUACACAGAAAACCCUCGCUGGACAGCACCCCUUCCUUCCACGGGCGCUCCUCCCUAUACCUUCAGCCCUGCCUCGACAGCAGCUCCUCCCUCGUACACAGCAUCAGCCGAUCCACCCUCGUCCUCCCGUCUCCUGCACGUCUACCAUUCAGGUAUGACGCACCACAAUACCCAAAUUCUCGGCCCCGACAAAGUUACCGUCCUUUACACGGUUAAAAUGAAUACCGGAGGUCUCUUUGGCUCCAUGCCAGAUGUAAUAGUCUACAAAGCCAACACCGGUACCGUUGUCGGUACGGCCACCUUCCACUCCUUCUCUAGAGACAUUGAGAUGGUUAUCCACAACAACCCCAUUGCCCUCUCUGCCUCGAGCAUCUUUACUAGCGCUCACGAAUGGACCAGUUUGGCCACUACAACAGAUGGGAGAAGGAUGUGCUUUAAGUGGAAGUCGGACAACCUCUUUAACGGGGGCGACAUGAUAUGUUUGGAUCAACACGAUAAGGUGUGUGCAAGGUAUGAGAAUAGCAUGUGGGCGUUACAGAAGGAUGGAAAGUUUGAAUUAGUACCAUUCGUGAGUGGGGUUUUGGCGGACGAGGUUGUCGUGACCGGACUAACGAUGCUGGAGGCGAGGAGAAGGAGGAGUAGAAGUAGUUGA